AUGAGAGGCGAAGGGACACCUACAUGUACCAAAGGUAGACCAUACAUUGAGAACUCAAAUUACGUAUGUUUCUGGUUGAUUGAAACACUUAAUGACUUCAAUACUAGUUUGAACCUCUGUCAGAAUGAUAACGGAAGCUUAGGAAUUAUACCAGAUCAGAAUACACUGAAUUGGUUGAAUCUUUACAGGGAGGAUGUCGGGAAGGAAUAUAAGGAGUUCUACAUUGGUUAUAAAAGGGACAUUUUGAAUAAACUUGUGACAUUGGAUGGCCGACAGCAAACCUGGGCACCGUGGGAAAGUGGGCAACCAAGUGGUACUGCAAGUGCUUUCUGUGUAACAUCGUUUAAUAGAGAUGGUACUUUCUGGGAUGAAUAUUGUACUGACACGUACUAUGCUAUUUGUCAGUGGCCAAAAUUUCUUGCGACAUUUUGGAAGCCAACAAUAACUGGUACAACAACAACAGAAAAAGAUUCUACAACUUCGACAACAGAUGCAUUAUCAAGUAAAAACAAAAUAGAAACUUCCACAGGUGAAGUAACAACAGAAAAGAUCAUACCUAUAACAACGGCACAUAACCUGGGGACUACAACAGAUCAAUCUUGUCGGUGUUUCUGCAAAACAGUGGAAGUUAACUCUACUAUAAGUGCAGCAGAAAAGGCUGAAAUAGCUGCGAAUAUUUCAAAGGAACUUUCUGUAAAUGUAGAGACUUUGUCGUCAACUAUUCGAUCAAAGACAUCAGCUAAAGACGACAGACCAUCUUCAACAGGCAUAGGAUAUGUAGGAGUAAUACUAUUGGUCACUGUCUUUGGUGGAAUUAUUAUUUUAGAUCUUCCUGUUUUCUGGACAGUUGUAAAAUUACGAUUUUAUGAUUUGAAAACGUGUUGCCAAAAUUUCAAAGCGUAAUAAAUUUUAAUACUUAUCUCAUGCACUCUCU